AGCCCGCGGGUCCCCAUGCGGAGCAGGCGCUCCCUGCAGGAGGUCCCUGAUGUCCCUCACGCUCAAACCGCUCUGAGGAGGCAGAAGAGGGAUUGGGUGAUCCCUCCCAUCAAAGUUCCUGAGAAUGAGAGGGGUCCCUUCCCUAAAAACUUGGUUCAGAUCAAAUCCAACCGGGACCGGGAGGCAAAGAUUUUCUACAGCAUCACUGGGCAGGGAGCGGAUGCUCCCCCCGAGGGCAUCUUCACCAUUGAGAAGGAGACGGGCUGGAUGAAGGUGACGCAGCCGCUGGACCGGGAGCACAUCAACAAGUACCAUCUCUACUCCCAUGCCGUGUCUGAGAAUGGCAAACCCGUGGAGGAGCCGAUGGAGAUCAUAGUGACGGUGACGGACCAAAAUGACAACAAGCCCCAGUUCACACAGGAGGUGUUCCGAGGCUCCGUGCCCGAAGGCGCGCUGCCAGGUACUUCGGUGAUGCAGGUGAACGCCACGGAUGCUGACGAUGAUGUGGAGACCUACAACGGUGUUAUCGCCUACUCCAUCCUCAGCCAGGAGCCGCGAGAGCCCCAUCCCCACAUGUUCACCGUCAACCGCGCCACCGGCACCCUCAGCGUCAUCGCCAGCGGCCUCGACCGGGAGCGCGUGCGGGAAUACACGCUGACCAUGCAGGCGGCCGACCUGGACGGGCAGGGGCUGACCACGACGGCACUGGCUGUGAUUGAGAUCACGGAUGUCAAUGACAACGCCCCUGAGUUUGAGCCCAAAAUGUAUGAGGCGGCUGUGCCAGAGAAUGAGGCCGAGCUGGAGGUGGCCCGGUUGGCCACCACGGACCUGGAUGAGCCACAGACAGCAGCGUGGCGUGCAGUCUACUCCAUCGUGCGUGGCAAUGAGGGCGGUGCCUUCACCAUCACCACUGACCCUGCCAGCAAUGAGGGUGUCCUGCGCACGGCCAAGGUCGUGUCCCCUGCUUGUCCCUGUACCACAGCCACCAGCCCUGGGUGGUGCUGCCCAUCCUGUCACCUCCCACAGGGUCUGGACUACGAGGCCAAGCGGCAGUUCGUGCUCCAUGUGGCCGUGGUCAAUGAAGCUCCCUUCGCCAUCAAGCUGCCCACAGCCACGGCCACAGUGACGGUCAGUGUGGAGGAUGUGAACGAGGCGCCCGCCUUUGACCCGCCGCUGCGGCUGGCCCAGGUGCCGGAGGAUGUGCCGCUGGGGCAGCCCCUCGCCUCCUAUACAGCCCAGGAUCCUGACAGAGCCCAGCAGCAGCGCAUCAAGUACGUGAUGGGCAGUGACCCCGCGGGCUGGCUGGCUGUGCACCCUGAGAAUGGCAUCAUCACAGCACGGGAGCAGCUGGACCGUGAGUCCCCGUUCACCAAGAACAGCACCUACAUGGCUGUGCUGCUGGCUGUAGAUGACGGAUUGCCACCUGCCACAGGCACCGGCACGCUGCUCCUCACCCUGCUGGAUGUCAAUGACCACGGCCCUGAGCCCGAGCCCCGUGACAUCGUCAUCUGUAACCGCAGCCCCGUGCCCCAGGUGCUGACCAUCACCGACCGGGACCUGCCCCCCAACACCGGGCCAUUCCGUGCUGAGCUGAGCCAUGGUUCUGGGGACAGCUGGGCGGUGGAGGUUGGCAGUGGAGGUGACACUGUUGCCUUGUGGCUGACGGAGCCCCUGGAGCAGAACCUGUACAGCGUCUACCUGCGGCUCUUCGACCGCCAGGGCAAGGACCAGGUCACCGUCAUCAGGGCACAAGUGUGCGACUGCCAGGGCCGGGUGGAGAGCUGUGCCCAGAAGCCACGGGUGGAUACCGGUGUGCCCAUCGUGCUCGCCGUGCUGGGCGCUGUGCUGGCUCUGCUGCUCGUGUUACUGCUGCUGCUUCUCCUGGUGAGGAGGAGGAAGGUGGUGAAAGAGCCGCUGCUGCUGCCUGAGGAUGACACGAGGGACAACAUCUUCUACUACGGGGAGGAAGGUGGGGGUGAGGAGGACCAGGACUACGACCUGAGCCAGCUGCACCGCGGCCUGGACGCCCGUCCCGAGGUGAUCCGCAAUGAUGUGGCCCCCCCGCUGAUGGCCGCCCCCCAGUACCGGCCCCGGCCCGCCAACCCCGAUGAGAUCGGAAACUUCAUCGACGAGAACCUGAAGGCAGCCGACACGGACCCCACGGCCCCCCCCUACGACUCGCUGCUGGUGUUCGACUAUGAGGGCGGCGGCUCGGAGGCCACCUCGCUCAGCUCCCUCAACUCCUCUGCCUCCGACCAGGACCAGGACUACGACUACCUCAACGAGUGGGGCAACCGCUUCAAGAAGCUGGCGGAGCUCUAUGGCGGCGGGGAGGACGACGAAUACCGCGGGGGCGACGGUGGCACCGAGGGACUCUGCUCGUCCCGGGCCGGAAAGGAGCGCCGCACCAUGGGGCGGCGGUGGGGUUCCACCGCCCCGCAGCGUUUCCCCGUGUUGGUGCUGCUGCUGCUGCUCCAGGUGUGCGGCUGGCGGUGUGAUGAGGCAGCCCCCUGCCAGCCCGGCUUUGCUGCAGAGACCUUCACCUUCAGUGUGCCCCGGGACAGCGUGGCGGCGGGCAAGGAGCUGGGACGAGUGAGCUUUGCAGCCUGUGGCGGCCAGCCGUGGGCCGUGUAUGUCCCGGCUGAUACACGCUUCAAGGUGAACGUGGAUGGCGUCGUCUCAACGAAACAGCCACUGACGCUCCAUGGGAGGGAGAUCAGCUUCAUCAUCUACGCACGGGACGCCAUGGGCAAGAGGCACUCAGCCCAGGUGACUGUGGGCAGGCAGAGGAACCACCACCACCACAGCCACCACCUGCAGGACAUGACGCCGGCUGUGCUGAGCUUCCCCAAGCACAACUCCAGCUUCCUCCGGAGGCAGAAGAGGGAUUGGGUCAUCCCCCCCAUCAGCUGCCUCGAGAACCACCGCGGGCCCUACCCCAUGAGGCUGGUGCAGAUCAAAUCCAACAAGGACAAGGAGUCCAAGGUGUACUACAGCAUCACGGGGCAGGGCGCGGACAGCCCGCCCGUGGGCAUCUUCGUCAUCGAGCGCGAGACGGGGUGGCUGGAGGUGACCGAGCAGCUGGACCGGGAGAAGAUCGAUCGCUACACCCUCUUCUCCCACGCCGUGUCGGCCAGCGGGCAGCCCGUGGAGGACCCCAUGGAGAUCAUCAUCACGGUGAUGGACCAGAACGACAACAGGCCCGUGUUCAUCAAGGAGCUCUUUAUCGGCUACAUCGAGGAGAACGCGAAGCCGGGCACCUCCGUGAUGACCGUGAGCGCCACGGACGCGGACGACGCGGUGAACACCGACAACGGCAUCGUCAGCUACUCCAUCGUCAGCCAGCAGCCGCCCAGCCCGCACCCCCAGAUGUUCACCAUCGACCCGGCCAAGGGCAUCAUCAGCGUGCUGGGCACGGGGCUGGACCGGGAGACCACUCCCAACUACACGCUGAUUGUCCAGGCCACGGACCAGGAGGGCAAGGGCCUGUCCAACACCGCCACGGCCGUCAUUGAGGUCACGGAUGCCAACGACAACAUUCCCAUCUUCGACCCUACCAUGUACGAAGGGGUGGUAGAAGAGAACAAGCCGGGUAUAGAGGUGGCCAGGCUGACCGUGACGGACCAAGACACACCAGGCUCCCCAGCCUGGCAAGCUGUAUACCACAUCAAGAGUGGAGACCAGGAUGGUGCCUUCAGCAUUAUCACUGACCCCAGCACCAACAAUGGCAUCCUGAAGACAGCCAAGGUGGGUCACCUCACUGUCGAUGGCUCCAGUGUGGGCCAUGUCCCCACCAGCCCCACUGCCACCUUAACCCCUCUCUCCAACCUGCAGGGCCUGGAUUAUGAGACCAAGAACCGCUACGACCUGGUGGUGACGGUGGAGAACAAAGUGGCCCUGUCCGUGCCCAUCACACUGUCCACUGCCAGCGUCCUGGUGACCGUCUCGGACGUGAAUGAGCCCCCUAUCUUUGUGCCCCCUAUCAAGAGGGUGGGGGUAUCAGAGGACCUACCAGUGGGGCACGAGGUUACAUCCUACACAGCCCAAGAUCCUGACAGGGACGUGAGGCAGAAAAUCACGUACCGCAUGGGCAGCGACCCGGCAGGCUGGCUGACUAUUGACUCUGAGAACGGCAUCGUCACGGCUGCCCAGCCACUGGACCGCGAGUCGGUGCACGCCAUCAACAGCACAUACAAGGCUAUCAUCCUGGCUGUGGACAAUGGGAUACCGGAUGCCACCGGGACGGGGACACUGCUGCUGCUCCUCCAGGACGUGAAUGACAACGGCCCCACACCAGAGCCCCGGUCCUUUGAGAUCUGCAACCGGCAGCCUGAGCAACAGAUGCUGAGCAUUGUUGACAAGGACCUGCCCCCACAUACCUACCCCUUCAAGGCAGCACUGGAGCAUGGUUCCAGCAACAACUGGACUGUUGCGAUAAGGGGUCAAGAUGAGCUGGCCCUAAGCCUGAAAAAGGAGCUGGAGCCGGGUGAGUACAACAUCUUCCUGAAGCUGAUGGACAGCCAGGGCAAGGCACAGGUGACGCAGGUCAAAGCCCAGGUGUGUGAGUGUGAAGGGACAGCGAAGAACUGCGAGCGGAGGUCGUACAUCGUCGGUGGGCUGGGUGUCCCUGCCAUCCUGGGCAUCCUGGGGGGCAUCCUUGCCCUGCUGAUUCUGCUGCUGCUGCUGCUGCUCUUUGCCCGGCGACGCAAAGUGGAGAAGGAGCCGCUGCUGCCACCCGAGGAUGACAUGCGGGACAAUGUCUACAAUUACGAUGAGGAGGGUGGCGGUGAGGAGGACCAGGACUACGACCUGAGCCAGCUGCACCGCGGCCUGGACGCCCGUCCCGAGGUGAUCCGCAAUGAUGUGGCCCCCCCGCUGAUGGCCGCCCCCCAGUACCGGCCCCGGCCCGCCAACCCCGAUGAGAUCGGAAACUUCAUCGACGAGAAUCUGAAGGCAGCCGACACGGACCCCACGGCCCCCCCCUACGACUCGCUGCUGGUGUUCGACUACGAGGGCGGCGGCUCGGAGGCCACCUCGCUCAGCUCCCUCAACUCCUCCGCCUCCGACCAGGACCAGGACUACGACUACCUCAACGAGUGGGGCAACCGCUUCAAGAAGCUGGCGGAGCUCUAUGGCGGCGGGGAGGACGACGACUAGGCAGACCUCGUCCCCUUGGCUGGCCCACCGCAUGGCUCUUGCCAUUUCACCCCCUCGGACAUGCACUGGCUCUUGCAGCCAAAGCCCCUUCCAACAGCAUUGGAUCCGUCACUCGCAUCCCUCCCCUUCGGUGCAGGGAAAGCUCAGGGUCACCGGGGCUGGAGGCUUUUGGGGAGCCCACGCUUUUCCUGCCCCCUCAGCCCCACACAGUCCCAUUUAGAGCUCCUUGGGAACAGGCUGGUGGCAGGCGCUCCCUGGCCUGGAGGAGCGGUGCUCCUGGGUCAGCUCCCAGUGCCUGAAUCCCACAGCCCUCACCGCACGGCUGGUGCUCAGCAUCCCUCCCCCUGCAAGGAAAGAGGCCCCCGCUGCCUCUCUCCCUUUGUUACAGAGGAAGGGGUUUCUCCAGCACUCUCUGUAAUACCUCGUGCUCCCAACCCCGAUGUCACCGCCACGCUCAGGGUUUGGGAUGGCCUUUGUGUGAAGCUGCUCGUGCGUGUGCAGUGCAGGGUGGGUGAUCAAUCACACAGACCAAUGACGUGCCAUUCCCUUUGCAUCAUACACGAGAGAAUUAUAUUUGAUAAGAGUACUUACGGUCAGAUUUCUAUUUUUUUGUAUAACAGGUGAUGAUGUUAUUUCCAUCUGUGUCGUUUGUAAUUAUUGUUCUGUUAAUGAGAGGUGCUUUCUGAAAUCAAGUGGCUUUACUUAAACUCUGAACUCCAUGUCUAGCUGUUGUUUUGUAUUUUUAAUAUGGGAAAAGGGCCCGAUGCACGCUGGAAGGCCAGCGAUUGUCUAAGUGUUAAUUGAUGGAAUGAUUUUUAUAUAAAAUUGAAAGAAUAAAUUGUAAGAAAACCA